AUGUCUGAAAAAGGUGUCGAAGAAUUUUUAUAUACCGAAGAAAAUGUUAGGGAUGAGAUUGUUAAUUUAGUUUUUUCACCGAAUUUGGAAUAUAUGGUGACUUAUGAUGUUGAUGCAUCUAUAGUUUUGUGGUCCGUUAGUGUAAAAGAUAAUAAAAUCGUGAAAUAUAAAACAAUUAAGACGGGACCGGAUAGGUCGCCACUAAUAUUAUCAAAUAAUAAACUAUUGAUUAGUUUUAAAACUGAAACUUUUUUCAGUGAGUUAAAGAUCUUAGAUAUGGAAACGGUCCUAGAUAUGGAAACUCCGAAAUGUACCACAAUAAAUCCAAGUAACGGGAUACUUUUAGAAUUUCUUUCAAAUGGAAAUCUUAUAUUGUUUCAAACAACACAUAUAUAUGUUUUUACAGAAACAUUUUUGAAUAAUACACCGUACACAUAUACUUCAAAAUAUCGAUUAAGCAUGUUCGAUAUUCGAAAAGGCUUAGAAGUUGUCGACUUAAAAAUGGACGAUUAUCGAACGAAAAUAUUAAAAAUGGACGAUUCAUUACCAACCUCGUAUUAUAAUGAAGCAAUACUCGAAAUAUUAAUAGGAUUUAUCAAUCCCAAUAAGAAUGAGAAAAUUAUUAGUGAGCUGUAUAAUAACUUUAUCGUUCUCGAUAAGAAUCAUAAGGAUGAUGAAAUGAUUAUAAAGUUUAAAGACGAUAUGAAUGAUGAAAUGAUUAUAAAGUUUUUUGAUAAAUCCAAGCUAUCUAUUUAUUCAAGAAUCAAAGACAAAAACAGGGAUUCGGAAAUGAUAAAAUUUAAUGAACAUGGAUGGGUAACUGUCGUAGGGAUAAAUUUGAUAUGGUAUUACUCUAAGCCUAAUAUGUUAUCAGUUUCAAAAAAUGGCGUUAAACCA